AUGCUAGACUCCUUGGUCCGUGUUUCAAGACGGGUCCUGCGAGUGCCCGAAACUGAAUCAUCGCCGACUGAGACGCGCACGGUCCGAGACUGCACGGCGGCGACAACAGACGCGCCGCACCGAUGUCCGCACAACGGCAGGACCUCGAUUACGACGUUGUCUUGCGUCGGGCCGGACGCGCUUUGUAUAAGGCUAGAGUCUCGUUCGUUACCGGAAUUAACCAGACAAAUCGCUCCACCAACUAAGAACGGCCAUGCACCACCACCCACCGAAUCAAGAAAGAGCUGUUAA